AUGUUUAGACUUGUUGCCUCAAAGGCCCCUUUGGCCAACAUUGCUGCUCGUAACGCUGCUUUCAAGUCUGUUCGUACUCCUGUUGCUACUCAAUUCUAUCGUUUCUAUAGCACCCCUGCUGAGACCGAAUACGAUGUUGUCGUUAUCGGUGGUGGCCCUGGUGGUUACCCUGCUGCUAUCAAGGCUGCUCAACAAGGCCUCAAGGUUGCCUGUAUUGAAAAGCGCGGUUCCCUCGGUGGUACCUGCUUGAACGUUGGUUGUAUUCCUUCCAAAGCCAUGUUGAACAACUCUCACAUUUAUCACGAAACCAAGCAUAACUUGAAGAGCCGUGGUGUUGAAGUUUCCGAUGUUAAGCUCAACUUGGACAACAUGCACAAAGCCCGUGUUAAGGCUAUCACUGGUUUGACUAAGGGUGUUGAAUUCCUUUUCAAAAAGUACGGUGUAGACUACCUCAAGGGUACUGGUUCCUUCAAGUCUGCUACUGAAAUUGCUGUUGCUGGUUUGGACGGCAAGGAAUCUAGCAUUGCAGCCAAGAAUGUUAUCAUUGCCACUGGCUCUGAAGUCACUCCUAUUCCCGGUAUUGAAAUCGAUGAAAAGAAGAUCGUCUCUUCUACUGGUGCUUUAGAAUUGCAAAAGGUCCCCAAGAAGAUGGUUGUCAUUGGUGCUGGUGUCAUUGGUCUCGAAUUGGGUUCUGUUUGGUCUCGUCUCGGUGCUGAAGUCACUGUGGUUGAAUAUUUGGAUGCUAUUGGUGCUGGCAUGGAUCCCGAAUUGGCCAAGAGCUUCCAUAAGACUUUGACCAAGCAAGGUCUCAAGUUCAAGAUGAGCACCAAGGUCAACGGUGCCAAGGUUGAUGGCGAUAUUGUCAAGGUUGAUGUUGAAGCUGCUAAGGGCGGUAAGGCUGAAACUCUUGAAGCUGAUGCUGUUCUCGUCUCCAUUGGUCGUCGUCCUUAUACUACUGGUCUCGGCCUUGAAAAUGUUGGUGUUGAACUCGAUAACCGUGGCCGUGUUGUUGUUGAUUCUGAAUUCAAGACCAAUGUCUCCAACAUCCGUUGUAUCGGUGAUGCUACCUUUGGUCCCAUGUUAGCCCACAAGGCUGAAGAUGAAGGCUUUGCUGUCUCUGAAAUGAUCGCUACUGGUCACGGUCACGUCAACUACGAUGCCAUUCCUUCUGUCAUUUACACUCACCCCGAAGUUGCUUGGGUUGGUAAGAACGAAUCUCAAUUGAAGGAAGAAGGUAUCAAGUAUAAGACUGGUUCCUUCCCCUUCGUUGCUAACUCUCGUGCUCGUACCAAUGAUGAUACUGAUGGUCUUGUCAAGGUGAUUGCUGAUGCCGAAACUGACCGUAUUUUGGGUGUUCACAUCAUUGGUCCUAACGCUGGAGAAAUGAUUGCUGAAGGUGUCUUGGCUAUGGAGUACGGUGCUUCUGCUGAAGAUGUUGGUCGUACUUGUCACGCUCAUCCUACUCUUUCUGAAGCCCUUCGUGAAGCUUGUUUGAUUGCUUCUUUUGGUCAAGCCAUCAACUUCUAA